AUGCGCGGGCGCGAGCUUCGGCUCGCCCUCGACGGGGCGACGAUUGGAAAAAAUUCCUCCGCAUCGCGCGCGCUCGAGCUCGCGUGCGCGUACGACGGCGAGACGCGACGGGGGCGCGCGCGCGUGGACGACGGCGACGCCGCGGUGGGUCAACGGGACGAUGGAUCGUCGACGGUCGUGGGGUCGGAAGACGGCGCGGACGCGUUCGCGGGCGCGGGCGCGGGCGAGGUUGUGGUGUUUCGACGGACCGAGGGACGGGCGCGGACGCUCGCGCGGUCGAGGGCGCGGGUGAUGAUUGAGGCGCGAGACGGGCGCGGACGGACGCGCGCGCGCGGCGCGUGCGAGGUGGAUAUUGACCGCGAUACCGUGGACGACGCGCGCGUGGUGGUGCUGCGCGCGCGGAAUGGAACGAUUUGGGGGGAGGUGCGGGCGCGGGUGACGACGCGGGCGAUCGGUGGGGAGGGUGAAAGUCGGCGCGGCGCGCGCGAGAGUCCGCGCGCGCGGAGGACGCCGCGGACGAAGACGGAACCCACGGCGGUGGAAUCGGACGACGAGGCGUUUUUACCCCCGUUCGAGAGCGAACGUGGACCGGGGGCGCGAGUGGGUGCGCGUGAGAGAGAGUUUGAGCUCACGGCGCGAGUGGAAUCGUUCGAGCGCGUCGGCUCGAGCGCGACGUUUGACUUUCGAGCCGCCGUGGCGGCGAGCGUGGGCAUGGAUGAUGUGCUUUCGAGCGAACUCGGCGUCGAUCGCGCCAGGGGGGAGUAUUUCGUGCGUACGGCGCCGAGCGUGCGCGCGGCGGCGCGCCCCGGGGACGUGGUCGUGUUUCCAAGCGGUGAGGACUCGGUGGGGUUCGCGUGCGCGCCGUCCGCGCUCGCGACGACCCUCUCGCGCAAACCGGCGCUUGUUCUUGAGGUUUGGUCCGUAUUGGACACCAGUAAGACGGCGCGCGCGAUUGUCGCGAUCGAUGAGUUGCUUCGUCGCCCGGAAGUGCGGUAUAGGGUUGAGAUGGUGGACGACGAAGGAGUCGUCGUCGGGCGCGUUCGAUUGUACAUCCGACUCGAUGCGCGCGGAUCGUCUAACGAUCCGGCACCCGCCCCGUCGACGCCACCGCCGCCAGCGCGCAAGCCGACACCGAGAGCUUUAUCACCCACGCCCGUGCCGAGCGCGCAGAAGCCUCCGGCACCGUCGUCAAAGGCGCAAACGCGUCACGUCGUCGCGCCGCCGCCGAGCGACGAUCCACGGUCUGGGAUCGAGUACAAGGUUGCGUACGAUCUCGAGGUGUGGAAGCAACACCAGAUGACAAAAUUUUAUGAAGAACUGCGAUCUAAGGAGUCGGUGCGCAUGAACAUAUUAGAGGACGAGUGGAAGCGUCACGAGACGAGGCGGAUGAGAGAGGCGGAGGAGGCCGAGCACCGGACGCGCAUAUUGGAGAAGAAGCUGCACGAAGCUGCGAUGAAUCUGGAGUUGCGCGAGCGCAAGCUGAUCGAGUUGGAAGAAAACUUCGACCACAGAAAACACAAGCUUGAACGCGAGACGGCGGCGGCGCGCGAGGAGGCAAAAGACGUGGUGCGGCGCAAUCAGGAGGCGUGCGAUCAUCGUGUUGAGAUGGAGAAACAAAAGGCUCGUGAAGCCGUUCGCGAGCGCGACGCGUUGCACCGUCGAUUGGAGCAGACAGAGGCACAACUCAUGGAAGUACAAUCUGCAUUCGCGACGCACAAGAAGGCGCAACUUGAGACGAACGAGGCCACGUUGCAGGCUGAAAUCUCUCGCUUGAUUCCUCGCUGCGAAGCAGCCGAGUCUCAAGCCAACGAGGAGGCUGAAUCAAAAGAGAGAUACAAAGGGCAACUGACGAAAAUGGCUCGACAAGUCGUCGCUCUUGAGCGUGAACGAGCACAUUUACGUCGAGCCGUAGAGCGCGCGGGCCUAAACGUGACGAACAGGAUGCAAGUCGCGCCGAGCGCGAACGAGUUCAUGAGCGAGAUGCUCGCCGGAGAGACCGGCGACGCGGACGCGUUCAUGAGCUCCUUCAGGGCGGAUAUCGCGGCCGCAUCGGGACCAAACGCUUUCUCCAAGGGCGCUUUCGCGCGCGUUGCACCUCGACCGACAGAGCCCUCUCGCGCGCCACUAUCGCUGAGACCAGAUCGAACGCAGGACCACGAUGCUUCUGAGCCGUCUCGUCCUGUUGAAGAUUUAGAAAACAGACCGCCACCGCCAAAAUUUGUGCCCAUCGAGGCGACGCUCAAUGAGAAGCGCGCGGCAGAGAAAGAGGUCAGGCGUCUCGUUGCGGAACGAGGAGAUUUGAUGCGCACGGGCAUGUACGGAAGCGGCGACAAGAUAAUCGCGCUCAUUGACGAGCGCAUAGAGGAACUCACGGACAGAAUAGCCAGCGUGUGA